CUAUUCUUAUUGUGUCUGAAGUAGGAGAUCGAGGACAAUGGCCAUCUUCUCAUCCGCCCACCUCGCCCUCCGCCGGUCGCUAGCGGCGGCGCCACGAGCUGCAUCUCUUGGGGAGGGCCUUCGGCAAGCCUCAGAUGGAUAUGUCACGCGAAGGCUGCUCCACGGCCAGCUCCUCCCGCGCUGCUUCACCUCGGAUGCAUUUGGACCGAACAAGAAUUUCCCGCCUUCUGGGCGUGACUUUGCUGCAGAAUGGAAGCCACAUCAGAAUUUGAACGAAUUCAAUUUUGUGCGUCAGAAUCUACGUUCUAAUACACAGGUCAACUUCAAUAAUGCAGAUAAUGGUGGGACAAUGUCGAAGACAGCUGGUGGAGAGAAACCUUCCAACCUUGGGGGGCGCUUUCAAUUUCCUGCUUCACGUAUGUUUAGUGAACGUGAACAAUAUUCACAGAAGAAGAGAGAUUUUAUCCAUGUCUUACUGAAGAAAAAUAAGACCUUUGUGACGGUGACAGAUGCUAGUGGCAAUAAAAAGACUGGAGCCUCUGCUGGUUGUUUGGAGGACAGAAAAGGGCGGUCUCGUCUCUCUCGAUAUGCUGCUGAAGCAACCGCCGAACAUGUCGGGCGGUCUGCCAGGAAGAUGGGUUUAAGGUCCGUUGUCAUGAAAGUGAAAGGAAUUUCUUUUUUCAAGAAGAAGAAGAAGGUGAUCUUGGGCUUUAGGGAAGGCUUCCGAGGGGAAAGAGUUAGAGAUCAAUCUCCUAUCAUGUACAUCCACGAUGUCACCCAACUUCCACAUAAUGGCUGCCGACUCCCAAAACAACGCCGGGUUUAGCUCUCUGUGAACUGAAAUUAAAUUUGAGUAGGAAUAAAUCGAAUUUUUGAAGGUGAUCUGGAAAGGCUUUUGUAAGCUGCGCUGUGCAAGUCUAUUUGACUUAGCACGGACAUGUAUUAUGUCUCUUGGCUCUCUGACUUGUUGGGCUAUACAUCCUGGUUUCUUUCUGACUUGUGCUAGUUAUCAAUAAUUCUUUUUCUAUGGGUCGAAUGUUGAUACACAACUGAAAUCUGAACUGUUGUAUCCAUAAGGUCUGAUUUGAUAGUUUGGAAUGAGACCCACUCAGGUUUCAA